AUGCUGGAACAUGAUCAGGAAGCAAUUCAAGGCAGAAAAAUCACUCGGAUCAGGCCAUUUUUAUCGUGCACUGAGUGUAUAAGACGCAAAGUCAAAUGCGAUCGCGCUGAACCCUGCCACGCGUGUAAGACCAGAAAGAAGCCAGGGCAAUGUAUCUAUCCACCCAUUCCAGAAAAGGGCGAGUCCUCUCGACAGCGGUCACUUCAUCGUAGCUCAAACUCAUUGGACUCCGACCCCGCGCCCCCACGCUCACCUUCCCUGGUCGACAUCUCACCAAGUGCUGUAAGGAAGGCUAAGCGUAGGAAAGAGGGCCAUUAUGGACGGUCGUCCCUCAGAGGGACGAACAAUCAUCAGGAAGAGGCUGUCGAAGGGCAAAGUCUCUGGCAUCCAUGGAUUUCGACUAGAACCACCGUAGAUAGAAGCGAUGGGCAAUAUACUGAGAACACAAUCAAAGAUAUGGAGGACUACCUCACUGCUGGCGCUAUGUCUGCCAAAUGGACUAUAUCAGCGGAGGGUGCAGAGGGUCCUAGGAGAUAUACUUCACCGCUGUCUGAAGGGAUCGUCGAACGCCUAACUUACCAAAAGUGCAUCCCCAGCCAUCGUGAGCUGUACGAAAAGGUGAUAGGUGUCUUGCCUAAACGUAAGGAAGCUGUGCAUUGUCUGGUAGCUAGAUACUUCUCGAAUGUCGCUUGGCAUUGGCAUAUCCUGCACCGUCAGUCGUUCCUGGAAGAAUAUGAAGCUUUUGGGGUUCUGUUCGAUAGGGGUGAAAUAGCUCAGGUGGAUCCAUUGUGGCUUGCGAACCUGUUUGCGGUUCUCACUCUCGCUGCCAACUCUUUCGAUGAAGUAGACGGUAUUACUGGGAUGUUCUUUGAUGCGACAGAGCUGGUCGCUCUCCCUGAUAUCUUUUGUCGUGCGGCAGGAUCAGCUCUAGAAUGCGGAGAUUGGCUGGGAAAGGCUCGGAUACGGUCAAUACAGGCUCUUUCGCUUCUGGGUACGCACCUGUUAUUCAACGCUGCGCCCGAUUCUGUAGAAAGAAUAGGCAUGUACUGCAUAACGUCAAUGAGAAUGUGUCAAGAGCUUGGAUUCCACGUUCUAUCGGACGAUCCUACCAAGAUGCCUCUGUCUGAUCCUUCUUUCCCUCAACAACCAUCUCUGCUAAAACGAGAAAUCGCCUUGCGCUUGUUCUAUAACUGUGUGACUCUGGAUCUUUUACAACAUCGACAUAGGCCUUUCAUGGAUCUGAGCGAUAUAACAUGCGGUCUUCCGGGUAAUUACAACGACGAUCAUCUGAGUUUUGACAGUGAAGAUGUUCCACGUCCAGCUCCAUCAUUAACCGAGACUGCGAUAGAUAUCUUGCGGUUUGAAUCCGCAAAGAUGCAGAGGGAAUGGCUCAACUUGGUAAAGAGGGAUAGGCCACCAGGUGAUCAAGUCUUGCUGGACAUUGAUGAGAGGAUCUUGCAAAUUCAUACUCGAUAUACUCUUGAUCAGAUAGAUUUACGCGAAAAUAGGCAAAUGACCUGGUCGAAGCUCAUUUCGGUUUACAAUCUACAUGUCAGACGUAUGCGAUUCCACCGCCCAUUCGUACAGUCGGGACAACAGUCGCCCACCCAAGACGCGUUGAAACAGGCAGUGGAAAAUGCUGCUAGAGGAUUGAUAUCUGCAGCGUUAGAAUUAUAUCGCUUAGGUGCUCCGUUGGUUCGAGGGUGCUUUUUCCUGUUGCACUUGCAGUCAGCUGUGGUGGUGCUCAUUCAACAAGCAUGGCAUGGUGACAACUUGCCAGUCGCCAAUGCGGACGACGAGCUCAUUUCCAAUGUAAUUGCCGUGUUCCGACAUUAUGAAGGAUCUCUACGUACACAAGUAGCUCGUGCAGCUAGAAUCGGUGCAACUACGAUACAACUCCUUGUGGAAGCACUGAAUGAUCGACGAUCUUUUGCUGGAUUACACGAGAGUUUCGUACAUGCGUUGAAGAGAAUUAGUAAUACAGUUAGAAGAGGCGAAACAGUACAGGAUCAACUAGUGGGAACGCUUUUGGCUUCCGACAACCAGGUGGCCAAUCAAGGUGUAACGCAGCUGGACCCCGGGAUUACAUUUUCUGAUCCGGCGCUUGAAGCGUGGAUGUUAUCAUUCAUGAAUAUUUCGGAAGGAGGCAACCAAAUAUGGGAUAACAGGCCAGCGUAUCAGGAAGGUAACUAA